CAUUAAGUGUCUGCCUGACCCGCUGUGAGCUCCAGCAUUUGUUGUUUCCUUUCAGUGACGUGCAGUCUGGGUUGGUGCUUUUCCCCUCCUGGUUCCGUGGCUUGGAGAAUACACAAAGGCAGAUAUGCUCAACAGAACUCUCUACAGAACAUCAAUAAUCAAAGUGAAACAUGGGAAGUGUUUUUGUACAUUUUCUGCCGCUGAGAGUUUGGAUCGUUUAUCGCUUCCUCCCUGCGAAAAGACAGUGUGUAAUGGCGAUUUGUAAGAGCUGCGUCGCUCUUGUUGUUCUGCUGUUAAUCGUAUGGAAUCCUGGCUCAGAGGCUGCAGAUCCAAUAAAACUGAACGGUCGCCAGAUUUUGAGAUCUGUAGGUGAUGAUGCCCUGCUGCCGUGUACAAUUUUCACUGAACAAACUAUCUCACAAUUCAUGUGGCGACACAAGCGUGGUCAACAACAAUGGAACUUUUUCACAGCAGUUUUCAAAAAUGGAAAGGAUGAAAGACUGAACGAUAUAUUUGGCGGCAGAAUGACCUACGUUGGCCAAAGUUCCAAAAAUGCGUCAAUGUAUUUGAGAAAUAUUACCCUAAGUGAUGAGGGGAUAUACAGCUGUAUUUUCACUUUAUUCCCUGAUGGGCCUGUUGAAAAGGACAUACGGCUAAUCGUAAGAGCUCCUCCGACUGUUACCAUCCAAACAUAUCCAGACUUUUCUCUGACUGACUGCAGGAAACGCCUCAUUGUCAUCUGUACAGCAGCAAAUGCAAAGCCAGCCGCCAGUAUCACUUGGAAAGCCCCUUUCGUUGUAUGUACCAAUGAAAUUAUUGGGCCUCCUGCUGCAAAUGGGACUGUGACUGUCUCUAACUGGUUUCAACUGUGUCCAAAUAAGUCGCUUCAUGGGCAGAAGAUUGUCUGUCUUGUGGAACAUCCAACCCUCAUAGCUUCAAAACACAUUCCUUAUCGACUGACUAUUGACUACAUGUCAUUAGUUUUUAUUGACUAUCAGAGGACUGAAGAUGGCGGCUUAUACCUGAUUUGUAUUGCAGAUGCUAAUCCACUUCCGACUGAAUACAUCUGGACAAAGAAGAAUGACUCUAUUCCAGAAGGUGUGAUAAUACAAAAGGACAAAAUUAAAUUCUCCAAGUUGACUUCUGACCUUGAAGGGCUUUAUAUAUGUGCAGCAAGCAACACUGCUGGGACUGCUUCAGGAUCCUUUUAUUUGUUUCCAAUUGCAGAUGAUCAGCAGCCAUGUCAUUACAUGGUGCCCUUUAUCAUCAUCAUCCUCAUACUGAUAAUUCCGCUCGGCGCUCUCAGCUAUCUUUAUCAAAGAGCAAGAAAGAAACGUCCACAAAGAAAUAGUGACAAAGAAACUUCCCCAAAAAUGGAUGCCUCUGAGAUGUUCCCAAGACUCCAAACAGAACGUGGUGAGGCGUCAGAAGACAUGGAGGAAAAUGAACAGUCUCUUUAAUCAAAUUGAUGACAGGCCCUGACUGUUCUAAGAUUGAAAUGGACAGCAACCUAACACUUGAGUUGCCAUAUAGGUAGCGGUAGGUGGGAAGGCAGGUGGGGUAAUUGUGGUAGGUCAGUAGGGAGGGUGGAGUGGAUAGGUUGGAAGGAAGACGGACAGGUCGUACAGGUCAAGAGGACGGUACCGAGGGUAAGGGGAGGAGAGGUUUGGAAACAUGUGAAGUUGAUGGCAUGUGGUAGGAAGGUGCUGAGGUGGAAGAUGAGAAGCUCUUCCUCCCAGUUUGGAUUUACUUCUGUUAAUAAAUCUUUUUUCCCUACA